AUGCGAAAUCUACAGACAAACCGGCCCCCGCCGUUCGUCAGGCCGGGCCCGUCCGGUCCGGUCGGGUCGGGUCGGGAGCCUCGGCCAAGUUUGCUGCGUCGAGUCCCUCGUGUCACUUUCAACGGAGGCCUUAGUGCACAUGUGCGGGCAGUCGGGCAAGCAGAAGAAGACUCCCCAACGAGCAAUGCAUUAGAGCUGAGUAGUGAGCUCUACUCUUGGCUUCCGGACUGGAGGCUGUUAUGCAUUCUUGGUCAGAAACAAUACGACUCCACAAUUAAUGAAGUGCUCUUCUUCGGCUUAAUAAGAGUAGAUUUUUUUUCGGAAACUGAGCAGUCCACAUCGAAGGCCCCUCUUCUGCGGUCUAGCCUUGACGAAGGUUGA